CGGUGAGCAGGACGUGCCGCCGGCGAGCCUUUCUCGUCCAUAGCUCCUGCCGUAUUCUCCCUUUUGUGGACAGCACGGCGGCAGCAGCAGGCGCUCCUUUCGCUCCUUCUUGCCUUCAGGUGCGCGAUCUGACGGGCCCUUGCAUUGCGUCGAGCAGCAGUUUUUGGGAUUUGGGGAGUCAGAGUGGAGACAGUCUGCCAUUCUGUGGGCGAGAGGUUUCCGUGGGCUUAUCUCCAUAAACCCCAGCUUUUGCCGCCGGUCCUCCUCCCGUCGGGUGACGCGCAGGAAUUUCUUGCUCAGGGUUUUUGGAAUAAUUUCGGUCCCGCUGGAUUCUUCACGUCGUGGAAAAGAUUCUUAGAGCUGCGAUCUCCUUUCUCCAUGCCCAUCGAUCCUUUCGAGCUCGAGCGUCAUGGUUACAGUUUUCCUCUCCCUUUUCAAAAGGGAUUCAGGAGAGACGCAGACAGCCUGGAGUCCUUCCGCAUGUUUUACACGAGGCCUGGGCAGAAAGAUGCAAGCACAAGUGCAUGGAGACGGCUCAAAGCGUGAAUAAGGAGAGUGGUGAAUAACACUAAUUUCCUGGAGCUGUUUGACAGGAAGGCGAAUUAGCAUACUCUGCUGAGGUCCACUUUCCAGUUAUCCCUGUUUCCUUUUCAAGAUGACCGGCUUCGAAUGUUGCGAAGGGCAAUCUCCUCCAGAUUCUUCUGUUAUGGCUUUAGUGCCGGCCCAAUCGAAUGCAAACAAGGGAAAGGAGAAAAGAAUAAGGGCGGAAAAUUGGACCUGGGAGGAAACGGUGCGUCUAGUUGAAGCCAAAAAGCGAGAAUGGGAGGAGAAAGAAAACGGCAGUUUGCUCAAAUUUACCAGCACUACGGAUAAGUGGACUAAGGUGCAGGAAUAUAUGAAAGAGAGCUCCUUAUUCCGAGCAAGGUCUGUGGAACAAAUAAGACAGAAGUGGGAGGCUCUUUAUAACAGUUGGAAGAAGAUCAAGGUCAGCAAUAGUGAAGCUGGGUCGGGUGAGUAUUGGAUGAUGUCCAAAGAAGAGAAGAAUGAAAAAAGGUUGCCAACUUCAUUCGAUAGAAGGCUGUGGGACAUGCUAAACUCUUUUCUGGGUCAGAAAAAUGUGAACCGCAAUAGUAAGUGCUUCGAUACCAUGUGUGAGGGAGCACCUUCAGCUAAUCCUCACGACGUCCACAAAUCGUACGUCGACCCCUUAGUUGAGGAGUUGAUUGAUGCAAACGGAACAGCAGUUAGUGAUGAUGUCAGUACGAAUCCAGCAGAGAGAGGAGAUUAUGGUCUGAGGCCUGGGAGAAGACCCUUUGGAGAAGGAGAUCUUCUGAGAGGAAAUAUGGGCAAAAGGAGGAAGAGUAGAGGACCUGAUGCUUUUUUAGAGCUAUUAAAGGAGUCAAAUAAGUCGAUUGUAGAAGCACUGACUGUACAAAGAGACGACAAAAGGGAAGAGCUUAAACUUGUGCUUGCCCUGGAGGAACGGAAAUUACAAAUAGAAGAGCGAAAGCUUGAGUUGGAGACUAGGGAUAGGGAGAGCAUGUGUAGAGAUAGAGAGAAAAUUGCGAACGCGAUGUGUUCAAUUAUAGAGGUUCUUGAUAAGCUAGCCAACAAGAUUUAAUUUGUCAGGCUAUAACAAUUUUGAUGCAAAGUAACGUUGUGAAUCAAUGUCACCACUUUUUGGAGCGCAAUACGGCCUUGGGGAGUGAACGCUGUACCUUCACGUUUUUUGGCCGAAAGACUUGAAUCGAUUACAGGAAUGAGUUUUACUUUUGUUUACUGUUUUCCCUGUAAAAGUUGGAUCUUUGGUUUUCAGUCUCUAGUAUGGGGUUUUUUCUGCUCAUUCCUUCCUUGUAGUUGGUGUACUUGCCGAUUCUAGUUAUUUACGCUCUUACAAGUUCGUAUUUUUGACCUUGUAAACCUCUAUUGGACUUCAUGGUUUUGAGGGUUCGAGCAACCGUUUGUUUUAGAG